AUGCCGGCCGGCCCCAGCCCUCCCCUCACCAGCGUGGGGCUGAGUGUUGGGGGUCUCGGCGUCAGCCCGUACCCUGACGCCCUCGACUACUCGCUGCGGAGCCAGAGCGACCUGGACGACCAGCACGACUACGACAGCGUCGCUUCCGACGAGGACACGGACCAGGAGCUGCUGCGCAACGCCUCCCGCAACAACCGUGCCAGGAGCAUGGACUCCUCCGACCUCUCGGAUGGCCCCAUCACGCUGCAGGAAUAUCUGGAAGUGAAGAAGGCUCUGGCCGCCUCCGAGGCCAAGGUGCAGCAGCUGAUGAAGGUGAACAACAGCCUGAGCGACGAGCUGCGCCGGCUGCAGCGCGAGAUCCACAAGCUGCAGGCAGAGAACACGCAGAUCCGGCAGCAGACGGGUCCGGCGCACCCAACCCCGGCUCCCAGCGAGCGGCCGGAGCACGGGCACCCCCCGGGCACAGCCCCCCCACACCGCCGGGACCGCCAGGCCUUCUCCAUGUACGAGCCAGGCUCGGCGCUGAAACCUUUCGGGCAGCCGGUGGAGGAUCUGGUGACGCGGCUGCAGCCCUUCGGCGCCGGGAUCCGGAAAGGUCCGUCUGCUUCCUCGGUGCCCUUUCCCCCAUCCUCCCCGCUGCUCUCCUGCCCGCCCGACGGUGCCCGGCACAUGAGCAAGCUGGACCGGCAUGGCAGCGGCACCGACAGCGACUACGACAACACGCAGGCGGGUGAGGUCCUGAUCAGCAUGGAGGGGAAGCGAUUCGUGGAGCUGAGCAAGGAUGAGGACUUCCCGCACGAGCUGGACCCGCUGGACGGGGAGCUGGACCCCGGGCUGCCCAGCACGGAGGACGUCAUCCUCAAAACCGAGCAGGUCACCAAGAACAUCCAGGAGCUGCUGCGGGCGGCACAGGAGUCCAAACACGACAGCUUCAUGCCCUGCUCGGAGAAGAUCCACUCGGCUGUGACGGAGAUGGCAUCGCUCUUCCCCAAGAAGCCGGCGCUGGAGACGGUGCGGAGCUCCCUGCGGCUGCUCAACGCCAGCGCCUACCGGCUGCAGAGCGAGUGCCGCAAGACCGUGCCGCCCGAGCCGGGCGCCGCCGUGGACUACCAGCUCCUGACCCAGCAGGUCAUCCAGUGUGCCUACGACAUCGCCAAGGCCGCCAAACAGCUGGUCACCAUCACCACCCGUGAGAAGAAGCAGUGAGCGCCGGCCCGC